UUCAAAUGUAGCGCUGUCAUCACUGAUCUAUAAUAGAGAGCACAGUGUUUAUUACUUGUUUCGGCGCUUGCGGUUGUCAUGAGUUGUCGUUUAAACUGGGAUUUAACCGUCGUUAAAUGUCUCUUUAGAGUGUUAUGAGUUCAUUUGUCCUGAAACGCGGUUAAUGUUAAUGAGUGAGAGUGGUGUGCCGAGCUAAGCUAGUUGCUAAUGUACAAGCGCAUAGAUUCACGCUCAGAUGUUUAAUGUCUGUCAAGUCCCCUGAUAUACAGUACCUUAGUUGUUUGUAUUUGACUCAUACUUGAGCAGACUGUAGCAUCUCCUCUGAGUCUCUGCGGAUAAAGGUCGUCGUCCUCUAACACCCUGGCUCUUCCUUGUGUCAAUGGCUGUUACCUCCCCAAACAAGAGACUGAAUUCAUCCAUACAGUCCUCGAGGAGCUGGACGAGUUUCAAAAGAGAAAUGAGCAAAAAAAGCAUUCUGCUCUUCCCUCCUGUCCCGAGCCGACUUCGCUUUCUGAUUCACCAAACCUGCUCGAAUCAUCCCAACCUCAGCACCUUCUCCGUGGGCGAGGCCUGCGCCCGCAGAGUCGUAGUGUGCUAUUCAGACCUCAGGUUGCCAGAUGAAGACCAGAGAGAUGUGGAGGGCAGUUCUCACGGGCGAGCACGCAGUCGGGACAGAGACAUGGAGAACAACAGCAACACACGCUCACUGGAGCCCAGCUUCAACAGCAGACAGAGAGCCAGACGGCCAGACAAGGCUAUUUACGUUCCCCGUGCUGUGAGACAUAAGAUAGAUCUGGAUCAUCCAAAUCUUAAGGAAUCAUCUGAGGAAUCCCGCUCUGACGUUACUAAGGAACCUCUUGUAGCCAAUCAGAAGCCAGAGGUGGACAGCACUGGCCAGUCACCGGGCGAUGAGGAGUUUGUGCAGCUUUCAAGGUCGGGUCCGUCACCGUGGCCUCCAGCCUGGGACCAGACUGUGUCUUUUUUCACCUCUUUGACGUUAGAUGACGAAACAGAUGAAAAAUGUGCCAACAACACGUUCCUUCCCACUGAUGCCACACUCCAGCAGCAGGACGUUGAUGAAAGUUUGCUCUCGGAGAUCAAAGCCAAACUCAAGCAUGGGGACAUCAGCAUACUCAACACCGGCAGUGACUUCCCCGCCUAUGCAAACAUCUGGCUUGACCCGCAGGAGUUCGGCCACAUCAUUGAGAUCUACAACUUUCCUGCCAUGUUUAAAACAGAUGAUCUCCUUGAUGCCUUUGCUGACUAUAGUGACGGGGGCAUGAAGAUCAAGUGGGUGGAUAACACUCAUGCUCUCGGUGUGUUUGCAAGUCAGUCAGCAGCUACACAUGCUCUCUCUAUUAAUCAUCCCAUACUGAAGACCCGCGCGCUACUGGAGGGGAGCCAGAAAGCAAAGUGGAAAGCAGCCAGACGUGCAGAAUUCAUUCAGCCAGUGAAGGAAAGGCCGCGUACGGACACAGUGGUGGCUCGCAGGAUGGUGACCAGAGCGCUGGGCUUGAGAGGGAGACGCUCUGAAAUAAGAAACAACUUCAACUGAAUAAAUCAAGUUCCUCAUCACAGUCAGACAGUCUUUCACUUCAGUUAAUACUACACUGGGACAAUGACAAAUGUCCUUGACAUUAACUACUACACACCCAGACUUGGUAUGGAGACGCUCUGAAGCUUUACUUUAGCUGCAGAGGAAAUGGAAAUUCUCCAACACAUGAAAUAUAUGUGGUCGCCCUUUUCCAGUUUUUAAUUGGCUGAGUUCUGUACUAUUUUAGGAAACAAGCCAAUAGCGUUAGGUGAGCAUUAGAUUAUUUCCUGAGUGAGUUUUGGUAAGCAUUCAGAGGACUUUUGUUCUUUCAUCUUUAACAGGAAACAGCCUUGCUUGUUUUCUCCUGGUGUGUUUCUCCACACUAACAAGCCCAGCAUCUGAUCCAGCCAUGAUAAAGAGAUCCUUUUUAUUAACUUCAAUCUUUUUUUAAUACAGAUAAGCUCUUUUGCUCACUGGAUUUCCUGAAAAUGUGUCAUCAGGACCAUAAUAUUGAAUCUAAUGAUUAAAUUAACUAGACUGUGUGUUUGACCGCAUCAUAGGAAGUUCUUGUUUCUCAGUUGUUUUCAUGUUCAGCUUGUUUAAUUUGAGAUGGGAAUGGAGCCUAUAUGACAUUUUUGGCAUACAAUAUAUUUGUAUUAUAUAGACAUACUAAAUAUGAAUAAUUCUGUUUUUCCGCGAUUUAUUUGUUUUCUACAGUUAUUAUAUUUGAUUGAGUUUUGUUUAAAAAAAAAAUCUGCACUAUGUUUUAAAAUUGUGUGAUACUCAACCUGUUUUUUAUUAUGCUUUGAUUAAAUGUUUAGUUUGUUGUUGUUUUGA